AUGUCACUCUGGAGCAACUGGAACCAGCGUCCGUUGUGGUCUAGUGGUUAGGAUUUACGGCUCUCACCCGUAAGGCCCGGGUUCGAUUCCCGGCAACGGAAGAUACAUUUUUGCUUUUCUUUCCUACAAAAAAGACAAAGGAUUGGGAAGAAAAAUUGGAUAAAUUGGCGCGAGAAUGCAGGAGGCCCUUCUACCUUUCACAAACUUUCCAUCCAUUUUCCAUUCUCUUAUACGAAAAAUCCUAUUUCUGUUCUUUUUUUAAUGUAACUUUUUCUUCGAGAUUGGAUGUAUAUUGAAAGCUUAAAGUUUAAAGUAAUUUUAUUCAGUUUUUUUUUGAGUAUACCGAUCGAAAUAAAGCUCUGAAAAGCAAAAAAAAAAGAAAAAGAAAAGUUUUAGCAGUAGUAAUAAAUAGUGGCAGACUCCUAGUGAAACACAAAAAUGAGAUUGUUUGCCCUUCAGGUUGGUGUUUACCGUGCUGUUUUUCAGGACACGUUGUCUUGUUUCCCCCCUUUUUUAUUGCGAAGUUCGAAAGAAGGGUGGGAAACUAGUAUUUCUCAACGUUUACACAUUUUUUUGAAAGUAAAAUAUCAAAUAGACAAGAUGCCUGAAGCUAAAGUAAGCGUGAAGCUUUUCUUUCAAUUCACAGAAUAAUAACGAGAUAGAGUCAAAAAAUAUUCCUUCUCAGUAGUUACUGAUAAGAUACAGUAGCCUAUCAAGUCCAAAAAACACUCACUUUAAAAAAAGUAUAUAUCCCAUGACCGUAGUCGCACAUGGAAUGGCUCAGAGCGUCGCGGCUGAAAUAUAGUCCAAAGCUUGCUUGAAUUCCAGUAGGGAACUCGCAAAAGUCGUGUUUAUCCGGAUAGCUCCAAAAAAAACCGCUUCACAACCGUUACACCUAGUUAGGAUUAAUUGAAAAAAACAAUAUCGCUCAACUUUACUCUUAUAAAAAAAACCUGUGAAACAGUAUUAAGGUUCCGAAAACUACCCGGCCUCGAUUAUGUUGAGAGGAAUAUCAGGUUGAAAAGAAGUCCUUGAAAAGGAUACAUUAUCUUCUUCUAGACUGGAUCAAGCUUUGGCUGCAGAGACGAUUCAACUGUCUGAUACCUUAUCUAUUGGUAAAUCAUUUAUCAAUGAACUUAUUCAUUCAAAAUAAUUGAAGUUUCUGGGGUGCAUUUACUUCAUGUACCUUCUCGCGGACCUCAGAUACUCUUCAAUAUCCAAACCUGCAGCCGAGAACUUUUUGAACAAAAAAGAAUUUUUCGAGGAGCUCAACGAAAAAUAUUUUGGUGGGAAGUUUGCGAGUCGGACUGUGUGAGUUGGAGAAAUCCUUCCAAUAAAAUUCUAAAUAUUCAGAGGCAAGGAAUGUGUCAACCAAGUGGACACUGAAUGUUAUUACGCGCUUGAUCAGUUGGUGCAAAAUCCAGAAGGGUUUCUUUUUUCGAUCUUUUUUCUGAUUUUUUAUUGGUAAGUUGAGAUUAAUGAAUAACUUUCAACUACAGGGAGUACUAUGUAAUACGCCUUCUCACUUGGAACUCCGUCGUAGUCGAAGGCGGCGUGAUUUCUCUGAGAAAAUUGAUCACACCAGGUGAGACAGUCCCUAGAGGCCGUUAUUGAGGAAAACGGUUCUUCAUUCAAAAAAAAAACUCCAUUAUCUAGGAUUUUAAAAUGUUUGCUCCUGUUUUUGGGAUUUUUUCUAAAAUCGAGUAACGUCAGAAAUAGACCAAAACAUUCAUAAAAAACCAAACUUCAAAAAUUGUUUUCUUUCUGUUAAAUAAUUUUGCAAACCAAUCUCAAUAAGAACUUCAAGUUUUUUUUUAUAAAAAAGACUCGAAUUCAAUUCACUGUUCAGCCGUUAAAAACCGACAGAACAUGGACACGACCUAUUGGGAAGUCAAUCCAAAAGUCAUCGACAACAUCAUGACAGUCCGCUACAUGUUGGGUGCGUUAAACCAUUGAAAUAUCCUACUUAAGUCAAUAUAACCUUGAGCUUCUGCGACGCAAUAAGUGAGUCAAUGACAAAAAAAUUUUAAAAAAAUAAAAAUUUUUCUUGACGCAACUUUUGCUUUUUAACUUUGAAAUACUGUGUGGGUACGAAAUGACAGCAAAAAAAUCUUUUGAAAUGUGAAAUUUUGAAGAAAAAUAAUUUUGAGAAAAAUCAAAAAAAGAGGAGAAAAAAAUUUUGAACAUGAGAGCUCCUUGGCAACUCGGUCGCUUCACAAUGAAUCUUUCAGAAGGGAUGUUUGUUAGCGGCGCCGUCGAGAUGUCGUCCGAAGCGACGGGCGACGUCCUGGUGAUUGGAAUCGGCGGCGGAGAUCUCGUCAACCAUUUCGCUUCCGUCUAUCCCAAUGUUAGUACUUUCUCCAAAUCGCUAAUAUUUCAAAAAGCUCCACAGAUCAAAGUCACUGCCGUUGACAUCAGUUCAGUCGUCGUGGAGUUUGGCCGGAAAUACUUUGGGUUGAGAGACCAUCCAAACACAAAAAUACAGAUCCGAUAUGGAGAGGAGAUUCUGCGAGAGUACGCUCAACAAGGUUCUUCUGAGCGAAAUCAGGAACGUUGAACUUUCUCUGAUCAGGAAAAGUUGUGAACGCUAUUCACGUAGACGCCUGUUUCAAUGAACUGAUCCAAGGCGGAUGGGCCUGUCCAGUGCCGACGUUCGCGACAGAAGAAGUUAUGAAGGACAUGGCGGCGGUCAUUGGGAGCAAAGGUCUCUUUUUUAUCCCCUCCAACUUCUAGUGGAAAAACUCCUUUUUUCAGGAAUAGUCACGUUCAAUAUGCUUUAUGGCAUCACGGCAAAGCAGAAGGAAAUGGUUGGAGAGGUAAAGUUUUUGAGAGGAAUGGAACAAAACGGAACAUUUCCAGUUCCUUCAAAUAUUGUCUCCUUUCUUCAGAAACUGCUAUGUAUAUAGCCUUCCGUUGCUGCCAAACAAUGUGAGCUAUUAAACUUUCUACUCGAGAAUGUUUAUCUUUAGGUGAUCGCUUGUCACAACUUUCCAUCAGGUGGUAACUUGGAAUUAACAAAGGAAUCCAAAAAGUUCAUGAAAGACCACGGUACUGAGCUUUUACUGGUAAGAAGCCUUUUUUUCUGGUUCUUAUAAAAAGGAAAAUUCAGCAAGACGUCGGCUUUACCUUCAAUAAGUACCAAAAAAGAAGGAUUCCGGACGAGUCUUUGUAG